CUGUGGGCGUACACGAACCAGUUAUCACCAUAGAUCUACACGGUUAUCACGUCUUUUUCGUAGUCCGUUAUCAGUCGACAAUGCAUUGUCCAUGAUACUCGGCACGUUGUAAUGUUUUUUUUUAAAUGAAUCUUUGUCACGUGUUUAGGAUUCGAGAAACGAGAGUAUUGAGUCGUCAAUCACAUUUCGCUUGACACCGUCUCACGAAUACCGUUUGUUGGUGUUUUAUUAACGUUUCACGCCACUGUGACGAUGGACGACGUUUCUGUCAUAAGCUCGAUGUCCAAGAUCAAGGUGCACAGUCUCAAACGCAAAGCUCCGUCAUCCGCCGAGACCAAAACUAAACGAAAGAAGUUUAAGCCAGAUGAUACGUGUAGUGUACUUUCGAUGACCACGUCUGAGGCGUACGGUAUCAAAAAAGUGACUGACGAUUUUGACUUGGAUGAUUAUCAACCUCUCAUCGGGCCUCCCACCAACAAUCCUGUCGAGUUUAUAAGAUUAGAUACAUCUAAAUUGAAUAGAGAUGAUGGAGUUUUGUUUUCUGAAAAUCUAACUGAUGAUUAUGAAGUUUGGACAUUGCAAUGUCCUGAUGAUGUAGAUAUUAACAAUUUACAAUCGCAAUCAAUUAGUUUUAAUGAAAUUAGAAAAUUGGAAAUUAAAAACACAAUGUCCGACAAAGUUGAUUUGAUACCUUAUAGAAGUCAAGAAGGAACUAAUAUUACUAUUGUGACUCCUAGUGAAAAUACAAGCAAUUUAUCCUUGAAUGUGGUUCCUUUAACAGGAACAUUCAUUAUGUGUAAUCGAAUUAAAAAAGACAAAUUAAGUAACAAUACCUUACUUCCAGUUGAUACUAUAGAAGAUGCAACAAGAAGAAGAUCAGAAUUAAUGGCAAAAAUUACCAAAAGACUAUCAAAUAAAUAUGAUUUUAAUGCAAUUGAUAACGCAAGUAUUAAACAAGAGAUUAAGACAGAAAAAAGAACACCUAAAAAAACUAAGAAGCACAAAAAAAAAAUUGAUUAUUAAAUAAAUUUAUUAAUUACAUUUUUAUU